AGAAGAAGUGAGCCAUUGCUCUAGCCGCAGGGGUAUUUAAACUCAGAGAACACUGUCAGUAGGCUGUAAUAGCUGUUGUCAUUUCACACUGACACAAGGACGUUUUAGGAGUCUUUGACUAGAAAAGUCUUACAGUAACAUGGAGGAUUUUGACUAUACAGAAUAUGGAGAAGAUUAUACUGCCUACAAUGAAACAUAUGAAAACACCUCUGUGAGUGGCUCAGUGACUUUCAACCAUCCCAGGUCCUUUUCAGUGGAAACAGUAAUCAAUAUCCUUAUAUCACUACUGGGUCUCAGUGGAAAUGCUAUAGUAAUUUGGAUCUCUGGCUUCAAGAUGAGGACAUCGGUCAACACCACUUGGUACUUCAGUCUGGCCAUCUCAGACUUUCUGUUCUGUGUCUGUCUGCCCUUUAACAUUGUAUACAUGGUCACCUCACACUGGCCCUUUGGGCUGGUCAUGUGUAAGCUGACCUCCUCCGCUAUGUUCCUCAACAUGUUCAGCAGCGUCUUCCUGCUGGUUCUGAUCAGUGUUGACCGCUGCGUGUCAAUCACUUUUCCUGUCUGGGCUCAGAACAACCGGACCAUACCCAGAGCAUCCGGAGUGGUCGUCCUCGUGUGGGCCCUCUCUGCUGCCCUGACUGUACCCUCACUGGUCUACCGCCAGACCAAAACACACGGGGCUGAUACACUGUGCUAUACUGAUUAUCAGUCUGGACACAAGGCAGUGGCUCUGAGUCGAUUUGUCUGUGGCUUUGUGAUUCCUCUUUUGAUUAUAGUCUUCUGCUACUCAGUUAUCUUUGUGCAGCUCAGGAGUCGCCCCAUGAAAUCCACUAAACCUGUCAAGGUAAUGACUGUCCUCAUUGUGUCCUUCUUCGUUUGCUGGGUGCCCUAUCACACGUUUGUCCUGUUGGAGUUGAACUUGGGGAAUCACAGCCUUGAGAUGCUCUACACUUGGCUGAAGGUGGGCAGCACAAUGGCUGCAGCAAACAGUUUCCUGAACCCCAUACUGUAUGUGUUAAUGGGGCAUGACUUUCGGCAAACCCUAAAGAGGUCUGUUCUGUGGAAGAUAGAAAAUGCAAUGGCAGAAGAUGGGCGUACAGGUGGACGUAACCUCUCAAAGUCUGGGUCUUUUGAGAGUAAAGCUUUCACACACGUCUGAGGUUUAAGAUUGUGUCAUUUUAUUGAGGUUGUUUGUGACGAUGGUACCUUUUUUGCACUGCUUCUAUAGAUGUUAUUUGAUUUGUAAUGUAUUAAUUCAAAGUGUUACUGUAUAAAUAUGAGUUUCAAUGGAUAUCAAAAGGCGCGUCUGAUUAAAAUCUGUUACACUAGUUCUAUACAAUUAGUUGUUAAAGUUAUGGACUCUUAUGUUUUCUUAAAGUAUCUACUGAACAAGAAAUAUAAAACGCAACAUGUAAAGUGUUGGACCCAUGUUUCAUGAGCUGAAAUAAAAGAUCCCAGAAAUGUUC